GCGGACUCCAAACUCAACCACCCUCAAACCAAAAUCCAAGCACCAACCAACCAGAACGAGCACACACAUCAAUACCACGAUGGGAUUAAUAGCACAGCUAGCAAAACAACCUGACUCAUACAACAAAAAGAAGAACUACAUCUUCGAGGAGAUCUUGGGUUCCGGGAGCUUCGGCUUCGUCAAAAAGGCCGUCUGGAUCCCCCAUGGUAACUUGCCUGUGGCCAUCAAAUGCAUCAAGAAAAAAACUUUGCAUGGGAAUGAGCAGGUCGUUCAUGAUGAAAUUAAGGUCCUCAAAGGAUUGAAUCAUCCAAACGUUGUCAAGCUUUACGAUUGGUUUGAGUCGCGUGAUAAAUUCUAUUUGGUCUUCGAACUAGCCUCGGGCGGGGAGCUAUUCCAAAGGAUAUACGACCAAGGGAAGUUCACGGAAGCGGAUGCGAUCAAAGUGAUCCGAGCGACGCUCUCGGGGAUCGCCUAUCUGCACACGCACCAGAUCGUUCAUCGGGACCUGAAGCCGGAGAACCUGCUCUACAAGACCCGGGGCGAGCCCAACCCGAGCGCGGCCAGCGAGCUGCUCCGUCCCAAGAGCUCCAUCCUCUCCGGCUCGGCCGCCGCCGCCCCCGGAGAGGGCCAGAACGACGACCUCCUCGUCAUCGCCGACUUCGGCAUCGCUACCUCCAUGUCCUCCGAACAUGAGCCCUUGAUGACCAUGUGUGGAAGUCCGGGAUAUGCUGCCCCUGAAAUCUUGAACAAUCAAGGGCACGGUAAACCAGUCGAUCUAUGGAGUAUCGGGGUGAUUACCUACACUCUGUUGUGCGGUUACAGUCCGUUCAGGUCUGAGAACCGGGCCGAACUAAUCAAGGAAACGACGAGAGCGAAGGUCGAAUUUCAUCAGCGCUAUUGGACCAAUAUCUCCUCCGCUGCAAAGGACUUCAUCCUCGGAUUGUUGAAGCCUAACCCGGAGGACAGAAUGACGGCCGAACAAGCCCUGCAACAUCGUUGGUUGACGGGAACUAUUGAUAGUCAACACGAUAUAUCGGACGGAAUCAGGAAACACUGGAUUCCAAGGAGGAGAUGGAAGCUCGCAAUCAAUGCCGUUCGGGCUACGAAUCGGAUGCGAAGGAUGGGCUCGAGCAGCAGCUCGUCGCCGACGACGGUCGGCUCGUCGCGCUCUUCGAUCACUCGAUCCUCCUCUGGUCUCUCCACUAAUGAGGAUUCUUUCAAUCGCUUGAAAAUCCAUUAAUCAUCUUCCCCCCCCCUUUUUCAUCUUUCUAAAAUGUGUGUGUUUUUCUUCCUCUUUGUCCUUAAACAUCAAUCAAUUUUGCUCUUUUUUCUUUGAGCGCUCGAUCACAGUUUUUUUCUUAGCAUCCAUUUUUCUUUUUCCUCAUCUUUCUUCUACCAUUCCCGACCAUGAAUUUAGUUUAAUUUCUUAUUAUCAUCGCGCUGGUUCAUCGGAUUUGCUUCUUCUUUUAUCAUGAUUUCUUACUUAUUUUUUUUUUCAUGGUCUUGAUAAUAUUAUACGGUGUAUGUAGACUUGGAAGCCCACUUUAACAGAUCUUUUCUGCUCUCUCUCUCUCU